UCCUUUCACUGAAUAUCAGAGGAAAUACAUCUGCUUUUGCAUUUCUGAGUGAAUUCCCGGAGGUAAUGGCCAAUCAACCCUUAGCCAGUGGACUUAGUGCUCAAGUCAAAAAGAAGCUUGAAGGGAAACGAGACAGAGAUCAGGAGCAGAGUGUACUUGACUGGAUAGAAGCUGUGCUUGGCAUAAAAGUUGAUCGUUCUAAACCAUAUGAAGAAGUACUGAAAGAUGGAGUGUUACUUUGCAAGCUUAUUAACAAACUGAAACCAGGAAGUGUCAAGAAAAUUAAUGAAAACUCUACAAUGCCAUUUAAAAUUAUGGAGAACAUCAAUGCUUUUCAAGAAGCAAUUAAGGCUUAUGGUGUGCCUACUUCUGACGUCUUUCAAACAGUUGACUUAUUUGAAAAGAAGGAUAUUGCUCAAGUUACACAGUGUAUCUAUGCUCUUGGAAGAACCGUGAGUCAAGAUCUUUUCUGUGUUGUGCUUGUCAGAAUUUACCAAAUAGAUAACAGAUUUUUUUUGGAAUAGUAUUAAAUUUGUUAAGUAAUUCAUUUACUUGUAAGCUGAGUAAAACACAUUGAUAACAUCGUCCUGGUUGAGUUUUCCAAAACUGCUACAGUUGUGGUGAAAUAUAUAAGCAGAAUGACUAGAUAAGUAAAAGAAAUAUGAGGAAGAAAUCCCGAACUGGUUAGAUGAGUCGAUGUAUUACGGGAAACAAGGGUUUAGGUUAUUUAUCACUUCUAACAAUAGCUGUAUCAGCGUUGUGGCAUCAGUAGAGGGUGUUAUGAUAGGUCCAUUGUCACCUUCUUCGAAGUUAUAAGUAGAGUUUACUAAUAAGUGUUAGCGAAUUUCUGUCUCAAAAUUCGUCUGUGAUUCCCUGAAAACUGUCUACAGGAUGACAACAUUUAAAAUGGAGUGAACUUUUUGUACCACUACAUGUCAUCUUCAGUAGAAUCUACAGAUUAGCAUAAUUCACAUAAUCAUUGCUUAUAUUUCAAUACGGAUUUAAUCACGAACUGACAAAAGUCGGCGAAUCCUCAAAUUCCAGGGAGGGUUUUUCAGCUGUUUAGUCAAGAAGGAUUCAUACUGAAGUUAAUCAAAUCUCUGAAAUUCAAAUACGUGAGCAAUAUUAUGACGAAAGUUUAUAUAAUUCUAAAAUGCCAUUAGUAUACGUUUUCCUGUGUACAACACACAAAACAGUGAUAUAGUUUGCAUACUAGAUAACAUUAUGAACACCACUCCUGAUAAUCAUAUCAUGGUCUUAGAAUCACUUUCAGACCUACCUUUUUAGCAUUUCUGCUUAGCCAAAAAAACUACUGAAUCAUUUUUCUUGCUUGGUACGUCGGUGGCAUAGCGGUUAAGACGCUCACCGACCAUGCACAUGGUCCGGGGUUCGAUCCCUGGCCGACCCACUCCUUUACCUCGCUAAGCCAGAAAUAAUGCUGGUAGAGAGGAAAGGUUGGACAUGAAGCUAGCAACCUCAUCCUGUGCAAUUAAACACUGCUACAGAAACUUCAAGUCACUAGCUUGAAGCCCUAUGUUCCACUGGGAACGUGAAGGAAAAAAAGAGACUUACAAAUUAAUCUUCGAGCUAAUAUUGAGUCUUAGAACUGUGAUUAGUGUCUAAUGAGUGGACCUCAGUAGCUAAAUUUUCUUUUUGACGGGAAACGGUUAACGCAAAGAAAGUUUUUUCAGUGAUUUCAAAUUACGUCCUACAGUUAGUCCUGAAAAAUUGUUCAACACAGGCAUUCGCAGCUAAAAGUGUACGCUUCUGAAGUUGCACUGAAGAUUUACAUAACGGUUUCAUUGAAUUAUUUAUGUACUUUUAUUAUUUUAUGAAAGCUGUGACUUCUUCAGCCAACAAGAAUCUGUGAGAUAAAAUAACUUCACUCAGAAUCCAGCCUGUUUUGCUCUGUUGAAAUUUUUCGGGGGAACCAUAUGCAACAGAAUUACACUGCUAGUUAAAAAUUACAUAGAAACUUUAUUAAACUUUGUUUUCAAUGUUUUGAACUUUUUUAGUGUCAGACACAUCCAGAAUAUAGUGGUCCUUGUUUAGGUCCAAAGUUAGCUCAAGAGAAUAAACGAGAAUUCACUGAGGAACAGUUAAGAGAAGGCGCGAAUGUGAUUAGUCUGCAGUAUGGAACAAACAAGGGAGCUUCUCAAGCCGGUAUGACUAUGGGCAAGCAAAGAAUGAUUCUGGAUUAAGUUAUUAUUCUGUUGCUAAAAAAAAAAAAUCAAAUCUUCUGUUUUUUUUAUUUUUAAAGAAAUAUAACAUAUCUACGGUUUUAUUUGCGCUAAAAGCAAACUUUAUUUUCCAAUGCAUUUCACUAAAAUAUUAUAAAUGCCAUUUCACAUAGAAGUGUACGACUAAAUCAUCUGUUUCCUUUUCCCAUCACCUCAACUAUAUGUUAAUUCUUCCCCAAGGCAUUUUUGCGUUCAUUAUUACGCUUCUGCUUCAAACAAUUACCUUCAUGAAGCAUGCAUACAUACCAUAAACUUUAGACAACGAUUCAGGUGAAUAAUGUUAUCUCUGCUUAACAUUGUUAUUAGUGUGUUGUAACUUCUUUUUAACGCUUGUUAAUGAAUAAUAAUAAUAAUAAUAAUAAUGUCCUCUAAACUUAAUUUCUUAUCAAUGUGUUAUUCUGGUCAUUAAGUAUCAGUUCUACUGAAACACUUCUCAUUCACAUAUCCGAAGCUCAGGAGAAAUGAUAUCACUGGAAAUAAGAUUACAACAGUACUAUGCUAACAGGGGAUAACUUCUAGAGGUGCUACUCUCAACUACAAAUGUUCAUAAAAGAUAAAGCAAAUAUUAUGAAAAAGUACACUUCAUGAGAAUAAAAAAAAGGAUUAUUCAUAGAAAGAUUUAUCUAUGAUCUCAACAGAAUUCAUGGAUCUUCGAAAAUCUAUUUACACUGAGACUUAACAUUUUGUUGUACACUUACUUGGAAGGAAGGUUGUUCAGGUAUUUUUGAACUCAUACGUAUCAUUAUAUUGACCUUCAGUAAAUGUGAUAUAUAUGUAUAUAUCGCCAAAGUAUUCUACGAGCAGGUAAUAAACACAAGGCAAACAAACGAAUUCAACUGACUUACAGUAUUUCAGAAUGUCAGAACUAUUUUAUCUACCACUGGGUAAUUUGCAUAGGAUUUUAUUAGACUAUAGUCCUCUCCGUUGGAUAACAUUAAAAUGCAUACUGGUUAGUGUUUUUAAUUAAUAUCCUCAGUGAAGUGUUGAUGUAAUUUAACAGUGAAAAAAGGAGAAAGUCUGAAAUCUAACAUUUCAGGUAUAUGAUUGUGAAAAAUUUAACAUUACAUAGUAGUUUUCGAAUUCUGAUAAUAUUAGCUCAAGUUACCCUAUCCAUUAAACACCACUAAAUAGAGAAGACAGUAUUGAAAAGAUUUAAAAAAAAAUGUGUUUUGACUUUACUAGUUGAUCUUUACACACAAGUUUGAUGAUAUUGAAAAUAACUAGGAGGAAACUGUGACUUGAAGUCUGGUCCAAAGUGCAUUAGAGCAACUCCAGGACCUCUUUGUGAGCACGGUUACUGGUGAACAAAGAAACUCCCAAACACCAUUGAUUCUUUUUGAACUCUAGGGUCAAUGUACACCACUGGUUUGGAAUCAUGAGUUUUGAAUUUUUCUCAGUUAACAGAAAAUAAAAUCAGUAAUGUAGAGUUCGGGAUUUGACAAGGUGAAAGUUGUUAUCAGGUGUAAAGUAAGGCUAGCUGAGUGACUGAUUGGCAAAUGAGAAGGAAGAACAAAGAAUACAAAAUUCGUCAUAAAAGUAGAUUAGUUGCUUUUUGCCUCUACAGUGUCAUUUUUAGAAUUACACAAAUAUACAACAGCUUACUACUGAUGAAUUUUCAGAAGUUGUAUUUUUUUUUUAGAAUAUACUGUAGAGUUGAGUUCAGAGUCGAAGUUACUUGUUCAAACACAUAUUUUCGAUCACAUCUCUCUGUGUUAUAUCCCUGAAUGUAGAAAAAUGCAAAUAUGUGCUUAUUAGUUAGUAUCAGAAAUGACGUAACGAUAUAUCCAGCAGUUUUAUCUGAUAUGAUUGCUACUCUGACCGGUUGUUUCAGGAUAAUUUCGUCGUUCUUUAUCAUGCUUGCUUAAACAAUCUCUGAGAUGGGAUUUAUGGUUUGGAAAUCAGUCGAAACCAAACAAAUCAGUUUAGGAGAAAUACAUUUAAACAGACACUCUCUAAUAAAUGAAUUAACAAGAUAAGAAAAGUGUUGACAGAACAGUCUAACAAUGAGCGUAAUAGUUAUUUAAAAUGGUUAGAAAUAAAAGUUAUCAAAGAGAAAGUUACUUACCCCAAAUUUAAGAGGGAUUUCGAUUUCUACAGUUAAUUUAUGUACUGAAAUUCAAACAUCUGCUGAAUAUUCACUGUUUUAAUCGUCUUUGAUUCUGUAAGCACUUAUUUUAAUUAUCUUGUUAUCUCACGUCUGUUUGAUCGCACACUUUUAAAUCAUAUGAGUGAUACUAAACGAAAGCGUGAAUGAUCCUAAUCUACCACUAAAUUUAUUCACAUCAACCAUCACCGUAAUAUUACUACUGACAUGCGAAAAUACAAACUUUUGGCCAGAGAGAGAGAGAGUUUAUACUAUUUGAACAAUAAUCAACAUAACUGAUAGCAGCCCUGAGUGUGGGCGUUCUAAACGAACUUUAGUAACACCAAAUUCUCUGACAUGUUCAAAGAGUUAACAUUAAUAUAAGAAUAAAACUUGUGCACUGUGGUAGAGUGUAAUUCCAUUAUGGGUAAAUUUUGUUUUGA